CGCGGGUCACGUGGACGAAGAAACAGACAGAGGAGCGCACAGUAAACACCACCCGGAGCGCGAGCCCAGCAGCCUCUGUUUAACCAAAAGCUUCACCGUUGCCAUGGAGAUGUCUCGGUCAUCGUAGUGGAUCAGACCCGUCCUGCUUCUGUCCCGGUCGCCCACAGCGCCCCCCUCCUGCUCCGGUGAUGCCUCCCUCGUGCUGUGGCUCCCAGUCACAGUACACACACCACCACCUCAUCACCUUCUGUCUCACUUUUUUCAGUUAUGUGCUGCUACACUCAUCCAGGAAAACAUUCAGCAACGUGAAAGUCAGUAUCUCGGCUCAGUGGACACCGACUCUGCAAAAUGGCACUUCUCCUAACUUCUCUCCAUCUGAGACCUGGGAGGACAAUCACCUGUUUGCAGAUGAGCAGGAGGCCACUUUGUUUCUUGGAGCACUGGACUCUAUCUUCCUGUUUUCAUACGCUGUGGGCCUGUACCUGAGCGGUGUGAUCGGAGACAGAGUCAAUCUCCGUUAUGUUCUGUGUGUGGGCCUCUGUGGAUCAGCUAUAGUGGAGUUCUUGUUUGGCACAGUAACAGAAUGGCUGAAGAUCUAUAAUGUGUACCUGUACUGUGGGCUGUGGGUGCUCAAUGGGCUCCUGCAGUCUGCGGUCUGGCCCUGUGUGGUGGCUGUGAUGGGAAACUGGUUUGGGAAGAGCGGGCGUGGCUUCAUCUUUGGUCUGUGGAGCGCCUGUGCUUCUGUCGGAAACAUCCUUGGUGCAUUUCUGGCCUCUAGUGUUUUGAAGUAUGGCUAUGAGUAUGCCUUCCUGGUGACGUCAGUGGUGCAGUUUGCCGGUGGGAUUGUGGUCUUCUUCGGCCUCCUCACAUCGCCAAAGGAAGUGGGUUUGAGUUCAGAGUCAGAGACGGGCCUGGGUCCGGUGGAGACAGACUCGGACAGUCACAGACCCCUGAUGAGCGACGAAGAGGACGAGGUGGAGGUGGAGGUUUACGCACAGAGAGACCACCCCAUUCAGCAAAGUGACGAAGGACCACCCCAGGACCCUCAACCUAUAGGCUUCUUUCAGGCCUUCUGUCUCCCAGGGGUGUUACCGUAUUCCCUGGCGUACGCAUGUUUAAAGCUCGUCAACUACUCCUUUUUCUUUUGGCUCCCGUUUUACUUGAGUAGCAACUUUGGCUGGAAAGAAGCCGACGCUGAUCGUCUGUCUGUGUGGUACGAUGUUGGAGGAAUCAUUGGUGGAACAAUACAGGGUCUAAUAUCUGAUUUUAUGGGGAAGAGGUCUCCAGUUUUAGCUUUGAGUUUGCUGUUUGCAAUGGGAGCUCUUGGAGGAUUUAGCCACUCUCCCAAUAACCAGGUCAUAAAUGCCGUGUUAUUGGCCACCACUGGUUUCUUCACUGGAGGUCCCUCAAACAUGAUCAGCUCAGCCAUCUCCGCAGAUCUGGGUCGUCAGGACGCGCUCCGGGGCAGUCAGGAGGCUCUGGCCACAGUCACAGGGAUCGUGGACGGGACCGGGAGCAUCGGAGCCGCCGUGGGACAGUACUUGGUGUCCCUGAUCGAGAGCAAGCUGGGCUGGAUGCAUGUGUUCUACUUUUUUGUUAUCAUGACAGGGUGCAGUAUUGUCUUCAUUUCUCCCUUAAUCUUCAGAGAGGUGAGAGCGAUGUGGAGAGAGCGAAGGGCCUCUCAGCGACAACUUUGAAACAAAAGAGAAAAAAAAAGAGCGAAAAAUAUAGUCUAAAAUAGUUCGACUUCUUUUACUGUGACACUUUGAACCCAGAAAGAAACUCCCAUUAUUCGGUGAGUGUUUGGUGUGAGUGAAGGUUGUAAUUUUAAACUGACAUUUUCGGUGACAGAUGAAGUGCCUACGUGAAAGAAUCUAGGCCUGGUGCCCUUCAAAGUAAAGGUGUAAAUAGUCAAAAAACUGAAUGGAUGUAAAUAGAACUUACUGUGUGUGGGCUUUUAAUUUGAAAGGUUUGGUGACCUUUUUUAGAAUGUAUACUGACUGCAUUUUAGCCUUUGUAAAUAUGUACAGUGCUUACGUGCUUUUAUUUUGAAAUAUGAACCUUGCACUACAGUAGGUAUUGUAAUUUUUCAGGGUUUUUUAACGUAACCACUUGAAUUUAAUUGAUAGUACACGUUUAUAUGCACAAAUUAAUAGCUGAAUGAUACUGGGAAAUUACCACCAAAGUUUCAUGUUAUUAGGCUUUGAAAGUAAUUAUUAUUGGUUUUAAUUUUGACACUUACUUACACCAAUCCAGAGAACAGCAAGAAAUGAACUGUCUAUAUUUGUAAUUAAUGUUUUAACUGUGGAGAGGACUUUUCAAUCAGGGUGGACUCUAUAGUGCAAUGUGUUUUAAUUUGGUGACAUUUUUUUACUAGGGAUGCACCGAUAACGAUACUAGUUUUGAAUAUCUGAAAAAUUUUAUCUGAUAUCCUGGUUGGACCUUUAAUUGGAUUUGAUAAGACUAUUUACAGGCCUAGAAUGUGACAUAAUGUUUAAACUUUUAUUCAUAUGUAGUUGUUAGACUUUAUUAUUUAUUGAUCCACAAGGGAAAUUAUUUGGACACAGUAGCUCACACAUCACAAAAUAAUAUAAUAACAAAGAGUAAAAAAUAUAAAUAGUAAUAAUAAUUCAUUCUAAAUAAGUAAGCAAGAGAUUGGUGUCAAAUAAGGCAUAAUUAUAUAAAUGUAUACAUAUAAGUCAAUAGAAAAUAGAAAAUAUGUAAUAAAAUCUCAGCAAUAUACAAGAGGUCGUAAGGAAAAACUGUGCAAAAAUAAUAUGAUGAUUGGCAGGACAUAGGGUUAUCUAUCGGGUUAUCAAUAGAUAUUUGAAGGAUGCAAUUACAUAACACAGUUGGAUCUCUUUCGUAAUAGCUUUACUGUAUCUUAAGGAAAUGAGUGACAUUUUCUGUCCCUACACUGAUAUCGGAUACUUAAAAGUCAAAAUAUCAGUGUCGGAACUGAAAAAGUUGGACCGGUGCAUCCCUAGGUAUUUCUUAACCAACCAAUCUCUGUUCUUCAUUCCAUAAAUCUCAAAUAUUUACUAGAUGUUUACUAAAUAAUUUUUGUUUACAUUUAGUGUUUUUUUAUUCUAUGCCAUACACUGGCUGCAAUCGGAUGUACCUUAAUUGAUGCAUUUUUUUUUUAAACUGUCUUUUAUUUUUGGAUUAUGCAUUUGUUUUGGGGACUUUUUUUAUUUGCUUUAUUUUUUUUUAUUUAUAAAUCUGACCUGUUUUCUUGUUUAAUAAUGGUUGCAAAAAAAUUGAUUUUAUUGAACUGACAGGUUCUUUGACAUAGCUUAUAUAGAAGGAUUUUAAAGGUGCGUUAUGUAACUUCCCGUAACUGAUGGGAAGUCUGCCACUUACUUGUCUCUCUGGAAAUUUUAUUGCGUUGCAUGAACUGUUCCACGGUACAGCAUUAACUUGUGUUUCUAUAAUUAGGGCUGCGUAUCAGAAAGACGUUGCCGAUACGAUACACACCUUGAUACAUAGGCCACGAUACAAUACAUAUCUCGAUACAGUGCACUUUCAAUUCCGUACGGUAUAUUUCUAAACCAUUCAAUACACUUCAAUAAAAAAUAAAAUCAAAAUCAUGGGUGUGAUACUAAAAAUAUUUGUUAAACCACAUUUUGUGCAAAGUUAAUAUGAAACACAAACAUUUUAAUCAUCAAAAGAGUGAAAAUAUCAAAUAUGUGACAUAAACAUGUAGCUAGAAUAAACUCUAAACUGUAGCUCUGUAACAAAAUAAUUUAGUAAAAUAUACCAAAAAAUACUCUUGACGAUAUAUCGAUACAGCAGCCCACGAUACCAAUACUGUAUCAUCACAUGAAAUGAUAUGAUAUACCGAUAUUUUGAUAUUUUUGCACACCCCUGUCUAUAAUGCAUUUAUUCAAUUACAGAUGUUUUUAAAGCUUAAGCAUAUUGCAUUUUUACUGUGAGUGGGCUCGCCUUUCCACAGAUCUGACCUGGUGGUUUAUUCAUUUAUCAUUACUUAAUUAAGAAAGGACAAAACAAAGAGUAUAGUUACAUGUACUAUAGCAACAAAUGCACGAAAAGUUGAUUAGACCAUAAAUUUAAAGCAAGAACAUCUCCACAGAGACAACAGGUGACAGACCCUCCAACAGAAAAGUUACACAGUGCACCUUUAAUACAGUUGAUCAUUUAUGCAUCUCAUGUCUUUUGAUUUUGCACAGUGACAGUUUACACUAACCACUUUUUGCCUUAGUUUUGUUUUUCUGUUUGGCCUUUAAUCGGGGCUGGUUCCUUUCGUUUGUGUGACCUCUCCUGUCUCUGUCUCUGUCUCUGCCAAACCAAUGUAACUGAAUGUACAGGAUUUCAGUUGAAUGUGCAACAAAAUCUGUGGUGCAUUUUACAAGUUUUUUUUCUUUUUUCUUUCCAUUUUAUUUAUGCACACCACUAUGUUUUAAAAUAGCAAUUGUGAAUGCAUUUUACGUUUUGAAUUAAACGUGAAGCACAUUUAAA